AUGGAGCUCAGUGACGUGAUGUCGCAUUCGUUUGGAGAAGGGUACGCUACGAGGUCUGAUGAAGAAGGGUUUGGAGGAACCUAUGCUAUGGAGGAAAUCAAACUUUCCAAAAGGAUAACAAUGAUAAUUAAGGUCCAUGAGAAUCACCCUGAUUACGACAAAACUCAAGGUAGCGAAGCCAAGGAGAAGGAGAAAGCUAGGAACCAGACGUAA